CACCGCUCGCUCCCACCUUCCCUCCCUACCACCUGCCAUCCUCGCGCAAUGCUCACCCUCCCAUUGAUCAUCAAUAAAGUGCUCUCCACACCCAUUCGCUCAGUGGUCCCAACCUUGUCUGACUGCCAUGACUCACAGCAAGGAACAACCCGCCUCCACGAAACGAAACGACGCUGUGCAGCCUGCCCGCCGGCACAUUAGCGGCUCCCGCUUGAUCCGCUCGACCCGCUCGACCCUUGACCUAAUCGCGCACCCACGACGAUGCGCAGCCUAUUAUUUGUGCGCCUUCUCAUCAUCACCUUGAGCGUGUCUCUUCUUCGCCACCCACUCGUCCUUCCCACCCGCCAUGCUCGCAACACCAGUCAGACGCUUUGGCGCCAGCGCAACGCGCAGCCUGGCCACACCAGCCGCCGCACCAAAGCACCACCGCAUCGUCGUCGUAGGCGCUGGCGCUGCAGGGUCCUCUGCUGCUCAUCAACUGCUGGCCUCCAAGCUCGUAGGUAGUGGGGAGAUUGCUGUAGUCGAGCCAUCGCAGCACCAUCACUACCAGCCGGGAUGGACGCUCGUCGGCGCUGGAAUCAGGAAAAAGACAGACCUGCGCAGGCCCGUGGCGGAUAUUCUGGACAAGCGACUCACACACUACACGUCUGCCGUGCAGACUUUCGAGCCGGAGCGUAACGUGGUCAAUCUGGGGGACAGAUCCCUCUCUUAUGAUCAGCUCAUCGUCUGCCCGGGGAUCGAGAUCAAGAUCGACGCCGUCAAGGGGUUGAGGGACGCGCUGACCGACGAGCGAACACCUGUUGGGACCAUCUACAAAUACGCCUUCUGCGACAAGACGUGGGACAUGGCCGACGCCUUCCGCGGUGGCAAGGCCAUCUUCACCCAGCCAGCCGGAGUAGUCAAAUGCGCCGGUGCCCCGCAAAAGAUCAUGUGGCUCUCCUGGGACCUAUGGCGCAAACGUGGCCUCCUCGACAAGACGGAGAUCACCUUUGCUACUGGCCUCCAAGCCAUGUUCGGCGUACCACGCUACAAUGAGACCCUCGAGCGCCUCCGCAAGGAGCGUAACAUCCCCGCUCGAUACGGCCAUAAUCUCACUGCAGUCGAGGGAAGCGAAGCCGUCUUCGACGCUCCGAACAAUGAGCAGGUCCGACUUCCCUUCGACAUGCUGCACGUCACCCCUCCCAUGGGUCCCUACGACUUUGUAAAGAAGAGCGCCCUAGCCAACGAGGCCGGAUUCGUAGACGUUGACGAUGCGACUUUGCAGCACAAGAAGUUCCCCAAUGUCUGGUCAUUGGGCGAUGCGAGUAGCUUGCCGACCAGCAAGACCGCUGCGGCUGUUACGGCUGAGAGUCAGGUGCUGGUCACAAACGUGAUCAAUGCCAUGCAGGGCAAGGAGCCGGGGGCCAUGUACAAUGGGUACACGAGCUGCCCGAUUCCUACGGAUCAUGGGCAUCUCUUGCUCGCUGAGUUCCUCUACGGGGGCAAACCAAAGGAGACGUUCGGCAAGUUCAUCAAUCAAGCCGAGCCCAAGUCGUACUUCCUGCCCAUGAAGACGCGCUUCUUCCCCUGGGUCUACUUCAAGAGCAUGGUCAAGGGGACGUGGGCUGGUCCGCAGGGCUGGAAGGCUAGGCCUGCCGCCGCUACGAUUGCAGACCAGGCGGCCGCUACCGUGUCUCCCGCCAAGUAAGGCGGCGCAGCGACGUUCUGGCGACGUGCGCGAUGUUCUCGCGACGCUCUCACCACUCUUGUAUGACGAUGACUUGACGAGCUGUACGAUCUCCCAAAAGCGAAAGGCAAACGCAAUGACAUGCCAGUCUGCUCGCGCGCAAAGCUAGGAUGAUAUUGCCACG